AUGGAAGAUACGCUGUUCCAGUUAAAGUUUACAUCAAAACAACUAGAGCGACUGGCCAAAAAAUCAGAGAAAGACUCUGAGAAGGAACAGGCAAAAGUCAAGAAGGCUCUGCAGCAGAAGAAUGUGGAGUGUGCCAGAGUCUACGCAGAGAACGCUAUCCGUAAGAAGAACGAGGGCCUGAACUGGCUGCGGAUGGCGUCUCGAGUCGACGCCGUGGCUUCCAAAGUCCAGACCGCCGUGACCAUGAAGGGGGUCACAAAAAGCAUGGGCCAAGUGACAAAAGCUCUGGACAAAGCUCUGGGCUCCAUGGACCUGCAGAAGGUGUCGGCCGUGAUGGACAAGUUUGAAUCCCAAGUGCAGUCCCUGGACGUCCACACCUCGGUCAUGGACGACGCCAUGAGCUCGGCCACCACCCUGACCACGCCCCAGAACCAGGUGGACGAUCUGAUCCAGAGAAUCGCAGAAGAGGGUGGUCUGGAGGUCAUGGACCAGCUGGAGCAGCUGCCUGCAGGCACCUCCUCUCUGGGGGCAGAGAGUGCACGCCACCAGGAGAAGGAGGACAACCUCUCCCGACGACUGGCGGCUCUGAGGAACUGA